UGAGCAGAAAUACACUGAACAUCUCGGUUGGAAAUUAGAUGAUUUUUUUGUUACAUUUUGUUAAGAAACUUUGUUUGAUGGGUUUUGCUUCUUCAAGAGAAAAAGUUGCUUCCUAAAGUGACUGUGUGUCUAAAGGUUCUCAACUUCUAUUGGAAGGACCUCUAUAAAUCUAACUAUGCUGUAUUAUUUUAUUGUUGACGGAACUGAAAUGUCAUUUCUCACGCUUCAAGUUAUGUACAUUUCUGCUGUAUUAUGUUAUCCUUGUGUUCAUAAACCUAAUCUUCAAUUAACCUGAGAUCAGAAAUUAUCCUCAUUCUUCAAGUUGUCGCUUUUGUAUGCCUAAAACAUUGUAUGGGCUUGUUAUUAUUCAGCAGUCUGUUCUGAUAUAAUCACAGAGGCUGUUGCACUGACUUCCAUUCUAUAUUUCCUGUGUAUCACUAGUCUACUAUUCCUAAGUUAAUCGACUUCAACUAUAUUUCUCAUGAUAACAGAAAGUAUAUUAAGAUUUUUUUGAAAGAAUUUAUAUAUUCCGCUUCACAUUUUCUCUCAAUUGAUUGUCUCACCCUUCUUGGUUAAUGUGCAUUUGUACUAAUCCAUCAUUGUUGAUAAUUAUUAAUUACUCACCUCUGAACAUGGCCAUUUUGUCUUUUGCUAGCACCGCAAAGUGGCUUCUUGAUUAAAAAAAAAAAAAGGACAGCCCGGUGCACAAAGCUCCCGCUAUGCGGGUCCCGGGGAAGGAUCCAUUGUACGCAGCCUUGUUUUUUGCAAGAGCCUGUUUUCAGGAUCCGAACCAUGAUCUUUUGGUCACAAAAGAACAACUUUACCGUUGCACCAAGGUUAAACAUGGCUCUCUCGAGAAUAGGCCUUGCCGGUCUUGCUGUCAUGGGCCAAAACCUAGCCUUGAACAUUGCUGAAAAAGGAUUUCCUAUUUCUGUAUACAAUCGGACCUCCUCCAAAGUUGAUGAGACUGUCGAACGUGCUAAACUCGAGGGAAACCUCCCUGUUUAUGGUUUCCAUGAUCCUGCAAUCUUUAUCAACUCAAUCCAGAAGCCCCGCGUUGUCAUCAUGCUUGUGAAAGCUGGUGCACCAGUGGAUCAAACCAUAGCCACACUUUCAGCUCACAUGGAAGUGGGUGACUGCAUAAUUGAUGGAGGGAACGAGUGGUAUGAAAAUACUGAGAGACGCGAAAAGGCAAUGGCCGAAAUUGGUUUCCUCUAUCUUGGAAUGGGAGUCUCAGGUGGCGAGGAGGGUGCUCGUAAUGGUCCUUCAUUGAUGCCUGGAGGAUCGUAUGAAGCUUACAAGAACAUAGAAGAUAUUCUUCUUAAGGUAGCUGCUCAGGUGCCUGACAGUGGUCCCUGUGUUACAUACAUUGGCAAAGGUGGUUCUGGUAAUUUUGUAAAGAUGAUCCACAAUGGGAUCGAGUAUGGGGACAUGCAACUGAUUGCUGAAGCUUACGAUGUAUUGAAAUCCGUGGGGAAGCUUACAAAUGAAGAGUUGCAUCAGGUUUUCUCAGAAUGGAACAAGGGUGAGCUCCUCAGUUUCUUGAUUGAGAUCACAGCUGAUAUUUUUGGGGUGAAGGAUGAUAAGGGUGAUGGUUAUCUCGUGGACAAGGUCUUAGACAAGACCGGAAUGAAAGGUACUGGCAAGUGGACUGUGCAACAAGCAGCAGAACUAUCAGUGGCCGCCCCAACUAUUGCGGCAUCUCUCGAUUCCAGGUUCCUAAGUGGACUGAAAGAAGAAAGAGUUGCAGCUGCUAAAGUUUUCCAUUCUGGUGGAUUCGAUGGUGUCUUCGACAGUGAGCCAGUUGACAAGAAGAAGUUAAUCGAUGAUGUGAGGCAAGCGCUUUAUGCCUCAAAAAUCUGUAGCUAUGCACAAGGCAUGAACCUGAUAAGGGCAAAGAGCAUCGAGAAAGGCUGGGAUCUCAAGUUGGGCGAGCUAGCUAGAAUAUGGAAAGGCGGGUGCAUUAUCCGUGCAAUCUUCUUGGACCGGAUCAAGAAGGCAUACGAUAGGAACCCCGAGCUAUACAACCUGCUAGUGGAUCCUGAGUUUGCCAAAGAGAUACUGGAUCGCCAAUCUGCUUGGCGCCGAGUCGUUUGUCUUGCUAUCAACUCUGGCAUCAGCACUCCUGGGAUGUCGGCUAGUUUAGCUUACUUCGACACUUACAGGAGGGAAAGUGUUCCUGCCAAUUUGGUUCAAGCCCAGAGAGAUUACUUUGGAGCUCACACAUACGAGAGGACCGACAUUCCUGGGUCUUUCCAUACUGAGUGGUUCAAGAUCGCGAAGCAGUCCAAGAUCUGAACACACGCAUAAUCUGCCUGUGUUUUUCUCAAGAACUGCAUGUUAGUAGCAUCAGACUUUCGGUUUUAAAAGCUUUCGAUUGAGUGAAUAAUGCCCAAUAGAUGGACCAGAUUAUUGAUUUAGCUAUCUAAUUGUCUGAGAAUGCUGUUUCAGUGGAUUCAGUUGAAGCCAAUUUGCGUUCGUAUUAUGGAUUAAGGUUUGGGGUUUUAUGUUAUUGCUUGUUAAACCUGAUAUUUCAGUGCUUAUUAGUAAUGAAUUUUGCUUUCUGUCA